AUGUAUCAGACCCCAAUUGAGAAGAUCCAACGAUUCGCAGAACGACGCGGGAAGGUUGAAGAAGCUUAUGAUGACCAACCCAUUAGUUCGGCCGCGAUCCAAGCCUAUAACAGGAAGCUAGAUGACACCCUGAGAGAGCUCCAAGAGCAGGUCAGACGCCAAGAGGAUGAUCUGCGGACACUUCGAACGACCAAUGCGGUUGAUUUUUCUAAAAUCCACACAGACCCAUGGGCCCGUGUUUCUGAAGUACGGAGAGCCAAGAAAGCAUAUGACUCUCUUCUGAAUGCAGAAACGAACCUGCCGGACCCAUUAUCGCCCCUGCCUUCUCUCAUUGCAGCUGAAGAGACGUCGCGCCUGGUAAAAGAAAGCAAAGCUUACGUCUCGAUGACUGCUGAGAGUCUGUCCGCCAAUCGCGAGCGCUUAAAGGUCGAAGAGGCGAACCUGCGCGACGCCCAAGCCAUCCGCGAUGGGCUACAGAAGCGGAUACAAAAGGUCCGCAUCGAGCAAUCAUCCAAAGUCGAAAAGACGCCGUCACAACUGGCACGUGAUUUUGUCGACGAACAGGAGGAGAAGAGAGAGGAACUCGACAGGGCCACAGAGGAUCUAAAGAAAACCCUGCAUGCGUUCGUUGAUAGGACGCUGGCCUCCAUGCUCGCCGCAGAGGACUCAGGAGGCCCUACGGUUGGAGAUGCAGACGAGAUUUCCGACGCUGUACUCGAGCGCGGAUAUACGAGCCAUGGGAAACCAAAGAAGCCCAAGUCCGGUGAGACGAACAUCGAUAGCACCCAACUUCGUAUUGACGAACUUGUUCCACGCCAAUCAGCCCCCGGGGGUAGUCAGGCGGUGAAUCGGAACAACAAGAGAGAGACUGCUGCUGCGGAAAUGCAUGACCUACUGGAUGCACUGUUAGAAGCCGGGUCGUCCUAUAUCGAUCUCCCUCGCGAAUCUGCAUCCUCAAGGUUUUUGGUGAGAGCGAAGGUUGCGCAGUUCCAUCCCCAUAACGCGAAACGGCUUAGAUUGAUCGACUUUGGGCGUUCGUUGGAUGACUGA